CUUCUUUUAACAUUCUCCGCCGCCCCUCUCCUGAGUCUCCGCCGCCCCACGCAGAGAAUCCCUGCGGCAGAGCGGCCUGCUUCUCUCCCGUGUCUCCGAUAACGUUGCCGAAGGCGUCCAACUUCGUUCGAUAGAUUCCGGCUCAACAGGAGUAUUUCCGACAACGUCGCCGAAGACCUCCUGUUGCCGGCUCAACAGGAGUAUUUCUGUGAGCGUUAUGAUGCUUCAUGUACACAGUUCCUCCGGAAUCGUCCGAGGCCAAGAGAAUCGGCACAACCGUACUCAAGCAAGCCUCCGCCUCUGCUCUCAGCCGUAUGAAUAUGAACCCCAGCAAGUAUUUUUUCGUUCUUCCUUCCAUUCUUUGAAUUUUAGAAGGUUAUAUUUGCAAGCUCACGCAUCUAAGUUCACCUCACUACGAGAAAACCAACCCCUUCUCAAAAUUGGAAGUAACACAACUAUCAAGUUUGAUAGCGGAGUUAGGGUUUUUGCUAGGGUUAAGCUUCGGUGUUGUUCAAAGGCUUUAGGUUCUCGUUUGAAAACCACCAUGAAUGGUAAAAGGAAAGGGCAUGCAGGUGUAUUGCCAAUUAUUUUGCGGUCUUUGGCCACUGAGAGUGAGGCGGAGAAGAUACUUGAUUCAUAUUGCGGCCAACUUAGUGCUAAGGAGUUAACUGUGAUUCUCACGGAACAGAGUAGUUGGGAGAAGGUAAUUAGGGUGUUCGAGUGGAUGAAAUUGCAGAAAGAUUAUGUGCCUAAUGUGAUACACUACAAUGUUGUGCUACGCACCCUGGGCAGAGCUAGAAAAUGGGAUGAGUUGAGACUCUGCUGGACUGAGAUGGCGAAAGAUGGGGUUUUGCCAACAAAUAACACAUACGGAAUGCUUGUUGAUGUGUAUGGAAAAGCAGGUCUUACAAAGGAAGCACUUCUGUGGAUUAAGCAUAUGAAGGUGAGAGGAAUUUUUCCCGAUGAGGUUACAAUGAGCACGGUGGUUAAAGUUUUGAAGGAUGCUGGAGAGUAUGAACGGGCAGAUAGGUUUUAUAAAGAGUGGUGCACUGGGAAGAUCACUUUUAAUGGUCUUGAUUUGGAUUCUAUUUGUGAGACGAAUACAAUUUCUAGUUCAGAGCCCUUAAGUUUGAAGCAAUUUUUAUUGACUGAGCUUUUCAGGACAGGAGCCAGGAGCCCAUCUAGGGCUGUGGAAUUUUCAGAAGCAGAGGGAUCUCUCAGGAAACCUCGACUUGCAUCAACGUAUAAUACCCUGAUUGAUAUGUAUGGAAAGGCAGGCCGUUUACAAGAUGCCGUGGAUGUGUUCGCAGAAAUGUUAAAGUCUGGAGUGACAUUGGAUACUUUUACUUUCAACACCAUGAUCUUUAUUUGUGGAAAUCAUGGUAAUUUGGGCGAAGCUGAAGCUUUGCGCUAUAAGAUGGAGGAAAGAGGGAUAUCUCCAGAUGUAAAAACAUUCAAUAUCUUUAUCUCUCUGUAUGCCAAUGCAGGGAACACAGACAUAGCUCUUCAGUACUACAAAAGGAUAAGGGAGUUUGGCCUUUUCCCUGAUGAUGCAUCUCGUAGAUCCAUCCUUUUUAUACUAUGCAAAAAACGAAUGGUGCAUGAAGUUGAGGCUGUGCUUAAAGAAAUUGAGAGUUUAGGCAUGCAUGUUGAUGAGGGGUGUCUUCCAGUUGUUACAGAACUGUAUGUUAGUGAAGGACUGAUGGAGCAAGCAAAGAUCUUACUUGAAAAGUCUCAAUUGACUGGUGGUCUGUCAUCAAAGACUUACGCUGCCAUCAUGGAUGUGUAUGCAAAUCGGGGACUCUGGGCUGAAGCUGAGGAUGUUUUCUCCUGUGAGAGGGAUAUGUUCAGGCAGAGGAGAACAGUGUUGGAGUAUAAUGUCAUGUUCAAAGCUUAUGGGAAAGCAAAGCUCUAUGAUAAAGCCUUUUCCCUCUUCAAGGGAAUGAAAAGUCAAGGGACAUGGCCUGAUGAAUGCACUUAUAACUCUAUGAUUCAGAUGUUUUCCGGAGGUGACUUAGUGGACCAAGCAAAGAAACUUUUAACUGAAAUGCAAGAUGUUGGAUUUAAACCAUCAUGUCUGACGUACUCUGCAUUAAUUGCUAGUUUUGUCCGUGUGAGUAAACUUUGUGAUGCUGCUGAUGUUUUUCAAGAAAUGCUUAAAACUGGAGUAAAACCAAAUGAGGUAGUGUAUGGAUCUUUAAUUGAUGGGUUUGCUGAAGCUGGUCACUUUGAAGAAGCCAUGAACUAUUUCCGUAUGAUGGAGGAUUCUGGGGUAUCAGCUAAUCAGAUAAUCUUAACUUCCAUGAUUAAGGCAUAUAGUAAGCUUGGUUCAGUAGAAGGAGCAAAACAUUUAUAUGACAAGAUGAAGAACACGGGCACAGGUCCCGACAUUAUUGCAUCUAAUAGUAUGCUCAAUAUGUAUGCAACGUUAGGAAUGAUAUCUCAAGCAAAAUUGAUAUUUCGUGAUUUGCGUCAGAAAGGGAGGGCAGAUGAGGUAACUUUUGCUACUAUUAUGUAUGCGUACAUGAACAUGGGUAUGCUAAGUGAAGCCAUUGGCAUUGCAGAGGAGAUAAAACAGUCAGGAUUUCUGAGGGAUUGCAUGACAUUUAACCUGGUGAUGGCAUGCUAUUGCUCAAAUGGCAAACUUGUUGAGUGUGGUGAGCUGUUGCAUGAAAUGGUAGACAUGAAGCUUCUACCAAACAAAUCAACAUUUAGAAUAUUAUUCACCAUAUUACGUAAGGGAGAUUUUCCAGCUGAAGCAAUCAGACAGCUUAAGUCAUCAUAUAUAGAAGGGAAAGAUCACGGAAGCGAUGCUGUGAUAACCUCUGUAUUUUCUAUGCUGGGUUUGCAUGCAUAUGCACUUGAAUCAUGUGAGAUCUUCAUAAAACCAACAAUGGGGCUUCAUUCCUUUGUCUACAAUGUUGCAAUAUAUGCUUAUGGAGUAUCAGGGGAUACAGAUAAGGCCCUCAACAUCUUCAUGAAAAUGAUUGAUGUGGGUCUGAAACCAGAUGUUUUUACAUAUCUUGGCCUUGUAGUUUGUUAUGGAAAAUCUCGCUCAGUUCAAGGCAUAGAGCGGAUAUAUAUGCGACUAAAAUGUGGAGACAUCAAGCAUGAUGAAUCAUUGUAUAAUGCCAUCAUAGAUGCCUAUAAAGAUGCCGGCAGAGGCGAUCUCGCUUAUUUGGUUAGACAACAGAUGAGGCUUGCUAAAACAGAAGGUGAUUUUGAUGAAGAACAGUACCCUAACUCUGAAACUGAGGAUUCUUUUGAUGAAGAUGAGUGCCUUUACUCUAAAAGUUAGCAAUGACAUUCUUGGAACAAUACUAGCAGACCAAGAUAUGAAUUCCUUGAUUGCCAAAUGACGAUGCUCGCCAAAGGUGAUAAAAAUUCUAUGCAAAUAUGAGUUAUGGCUUACGGCUUUGGACCAUGGCUGCUGAUUAGCUAAUGAAGAAAACAUAGACGAACCAGAUCAAAGAAAAAUUAGAGAGGGAAGGGGGGAACUGUACUAUGACUAAUAUCCCCUGGCAGAACAGAUUGACCCUCGAAGAGCGAAAGAAAGCAGCUUUUGACCUUCAUUAUUUUUGGUGUUUUGAGCUAGAACGCUACAAAACAAACAGAGGAAUCUUUCUGGCUUGUUAUCAGACCUUGGUCCAAGUGUGGUUUGUUAGUUUCUUUGGAGCACACUUUAGCCACCACUAACAAAGCAACCAUGCAAGACACUAAUGGU